AUUUGCUUUUGUGAAUUGUUUAGCAAAUUAGCACAGCUCCCAUCAAUUUGGGGCACAUAAAUUGAACUCUGCUCUGGGUUAAGUGGAUACACAAGGAUUCCUACACACCAAUAUUAAACGAUAUAUACUCUUCUAUAUAUUCGCAUUUUUAGACAUUUGUAUUUUGUAAUUUAGUUGCGUCGAACACGUAAGGCAUUUGCGGCUCGUAAACAAUCUCUACGCUAAAUGACAACAUGGAUCGCGAGGAGGUUAAAGUGAAUGCUUCACAAGUCAACUUUCAACCAUUGACCAACAGUGGACGCCUCGAGACGCCAACGUUCUUUGCCGAUGAGUUGGUCAAUGAAAUCUUCGAUGCCAUGAAGGAGAAGGAGGGCAUGGGCAAGUACAGCAGCAGUGCCUGCCUCAUUAAUAUGCCCAUUGCCGAGUCAAAGCAUAAAGUAGCUGAUGAUGAUGACAUGAUGGAUCCGCGUCUUGCAUCCUGGCACAAGAUGUUGAAGCAACGAAAAGCCAUACAGCAGCGCAUACAAAGUUGCACCGGGAAGCGAGCGGAGGAUGUGCUCUUCAAUCGCCAUGUGACCAUCGACAAUCAGACCAAGACAAUGUUGCUGAAUGUGCUCGAGAGUGCCAAGCGCAGUGAGGAACACGCUCCCGAUCGUGUGUAUAGUGUACUGAAGACACGCAUUGAUCAGCAGACUUGUCGCGAGAUUCGGGAACUGCAAGUAACUGAUCCCAAGUUGCAGAAACUCGAAUUCGUCGGUUUGCCACAAGUCACACAACUCGAAUUGGCUGGCGUCGUUGAUCCGCCUGAGAGCUGCUUCCAGCGCUCGCAAUUAUUGGCCAAGCAGCUGCACAAGAACGAGGAGAACAUCAAGCGGGUGUUGAGCUAUUGUCCACAUCUCGAUAGUCUGCAGGUGGCUCCCGGCUUCGAGCCACGCGCUGUACCCCUGAUGACUACACAGUUUUUGGGUGAGGAUGAGCUGUUGGUGGUGUCGCCCGAGACCAGCGAGCAUGCUCUUAAACGCAAUGUGCCUAAGCUGAAAGUGGAGAAGAAGCCAGCGCCCAUUAAACAUACGCCUUCGACUAAUCAGAUCCGGAUCAAUGGCACUCCGCAUGGUUUUGGCGAUAUGCAGGGCGCAUUGAGCAGCGAGCUGCACUUGGUCUUUCAGUGCGAUCCGUUUCAACGCAUGCGCAAGACGAUCGUUUAUCUGGAGAAUAUUAGCGAUAAGUUUCUCAUAGGAAAAUGGAAGCAGAUCAAAAUGUACAACAAGGAGCUAAUUCAACAUCAAGCAAGCACUGGGGACUUCGUGUUCGAUGCACGUCCCUUUGCAUUGCUGCCAGGCCAUGCACGUCGCAUCGAUGUCAUGUAUAUGCCCAUGGCGGUGGGCGUGAAGAAGCAGAGCUGGAUGCUUCACUUGCAGCGUUCUUCGUUCUGUGGCAUGCGGCGCAUUACUCUUCGCCUGCACGGAGUCUGCACAGCACCAGCAUGUUUUCGUCAGCGCAUCGAUAGGGAUCAACAGCUGGUGGUUGAUAAGCGCAAUCAGCAGGUUGCAGACCGAUUGACCAAAUUCCAUGCCGAACUCGCACCUAUUGUGGAGCCACCUCGCAUGGAUUGUCCCUAUCAGCGUCGCCUCGACGAGCGUGAACUGUUUAGUGCCCAGAACUUGGGAUUCCAGUGCUCGCGCUUCACGGAUCUGGAGACCCUAAAGAAACUAUAUGUGCUGGUGAAAAAGCCGCGUCAACCAGCCUGGGAUUACAGCAUUGAGACGGUGCGUCAGUGCAUCUAUCAGCAUGAGCCGAAGCAGCGUGAAACACUGCAGAAGCUGUUGCUGGACAUUAUUGAACCUAUGCGUUGCAGCUCCAAAGAGACCUUCAGCAAGAUAGACAACGGCGUGGAGAGGCAGCGCACCUGCUUUAUCUAUGUGCGCGGCAUCAUCAGCAGCGCCUUCGAAGAGUGGCAUGUAUUGGCCGAAACACUGGGCGAGCAAUUUUACAAAUCGGAAGCGCAUCGCUUCGUCAUUGGCGUCAACGACUUAGGGGAGGAGUUGCCCAAUGAAGAGGAGAUAGAUGCGCAUGUCUCGAAACGGGUCAAUAGCUGCAAAUACUUCAAGGAUGCGCUCUACAUACAAACCUAUACAUUACUUUGCGAUGCUGUCGAGAAUAUUGUGAGUGCCAUCGAGAGCAAUGUCCAUCUUUAGGG